AGUGGAUCCGCCAGGAAUCUGUCGAUGAGAGGUGAACUGGACAGGUCAGAUUGUGAUCUUCACUAACUCCCCUAACAGGCGGGAGAUGGCGAUGAUGCUUGAGCUUGAGUUUGCCUACGCCUUCUUACAAGCGCACUGAAGUGUCUAAAGUCUUCCCUUUAGCACGGCUUGAGCCCAAUCCCUUUCCAACAAGUGAGACUGCUAAAUAGGGAUUGACCUGUAAAGUGUCCAGAUCUUUGAGCACCAUGGCUCAGAGGUCAACUCAUUUCAGAGCUCACGGUCCCUCCUGGCCGCUUCAUCUCACUCUACUGCUGCUUCUAUUGGCCAGGACACACCAAGCUUUGGCUAUCCCAGGUUACAACACUGACACUUCCAAGAAAGAGAUCAUAAUCGAGGGGGACCUGGUGAUUGGAGGCCUGUUUCCUGUUCAUCAAAAGGGGGAGGGGGCUCAGGACUGUGGCCGAAUCAAUGCACAAAGAGGGAUUCAGAGACUGGAGGCGAUGCUGCUAGCCCUAGACAAGAUCAAUCAAGAUGAUCAGAUUUUGCCCGGGGUAACGUUAGGUGCCCACAUUCUGGACACUUGCUCUAAAGACACGUACGCACUGGAGCAGUCACUUGAAUUUGUGCGCGCUUCGCUUACGAAAGUGGAUGAUAGUGAGUACACGUGCCCGGAUGGAUCCUACGCCAUCCAUGACGAUGUUCCACUUGCAAUCUCUGGAGUGAUUGGAGGCUCCUACAGUGAUGUAUCCAUACAGAUCCUGCAGUUUGGCAUCAAAAUGACCAUCUCGGAGCUGCGCACCAGGCUCCGCUACUCGCAAGGGGGCGGAGUCCCGUUGCCGCUGCCGCGAUCUGGGGCUCGUUCUGGCGGAAGGCAGACGAGAACCACUUCCAGCAGUAGCGCGGGCGGUUUGAGGGUUACAGUGAUGGCAAACCCCGCAGGGAACCAACCCUCUGGGGACCAUCACUCAUUUGAGACUGCUAUUAUUUCAUUUAUCAAAGCCGUGGCUGAGAUUCUGCGCUAUUUCAACUGGACUUAUGUCUCCACAGUUGCCUCAGAGGGCGAUUACGGUGAGACGGGUAUUGACGCCUUUCAGCAAGAGGCCCGGGCCUUGCAAAUCUGCAUUGCUACGUCCGCCAAGGUCAGUCGCUCCAUGGACCCCUACAGUUAUGAAGGAGUAAUCAAAUCUCUGUUGCAGAAAUCCAAUGCUAAAGUAGUAAUCCUCUUCACCAGAAGUGAAGAUGCAAGAGAGCUCCUGGUUGCAGCAAAGCGAAUGAACGUCUCCUUCAUCUGGGUGGCCAGUGAUGGUUGGGGGGCACAGGAGAGUGUGGUGAGAGGGAGUGAGAGUGUUGCAGAUGGAGCUUUUACCAUUGAGCUUGCAUCUUAUCCAAUCCCUGAAUUCGCAACAUACUUCACAAACCUCAAUCCUUAUAAUAACACACGUAACCCCUGGUUCAGAGAGUUCUGGGAAAAUCACUUUCAGUGCAGUCUGCAUGAUAUUAAUUGUGGGAAACAUUCUCUCCGGGAUGGCAAAUUCGAGCAGGAGUCCAAGAUCAUGUUUGUGGUGAAUGCUGUCUACGCUAUGGCCCAUGCCCAUCAUAACAUGAGACAAGCAGUGUGCGCAAACACCACCAAACUCUGCAGUGCCAUGAAACCAGUCAAUGGAAAAAAGCUGUACAAGGACUACAUCCUGAAGACAAAAUUUGAUGCUCCAUUUCGCCCAGCUGAUACAGAUAACAUUGUUCUCUUUGAUGCUUAUGGAGACAGUCUGGGCCGAUACAACAUCUUCCAUUAUCACAAAGAGAAUGACGAGUACGUCUAUAGGAAAGUGGGAUACUGGGCCCAGGAUUUAAGUCUGAACACAAGUCUGAUUCCUUGGGAAAGCCAAGUGGUGCCCACGUCCCAGUGCAGCGACCCAUGUAGGAAAAACGAAAUUAAGAGCAUGCAGCCUGGUGACGUCUGCUGUUGGAUUUGCAUUCCCUGCCAGCCCUACCAGUACCUUCUGGAUGAAUUCACCUGUGCGGAUUGUAGCUUUGGACAGUGGCCUUUGGACAAUCUCACAAGGUGUUACAACUUACCCGAGGAGUACAUUCAUUGGGAGGAUGCUUGGGCUAUUGGGCCGGUCACCAUAGCUUGCCUUGGCAUGCUCUGCACACUCUUUGUCAUUGGCCUCUUCUUAAAGAACAAUGAGACGCCGGUGGUGAAAGCUAGUGGACGUGAGCUCUCCUAUAUUCUUCUCAUAGGUGUCCUACUUUGCUAUUGCAUGACCUUCAUCUACAUCAGCAAACCCUCUGCCGUAGUGUGCACAUUACGGCGGCUCGGCCUGGGAACUUCCUUCGCCGUUUGCUACUCUGCGUUGCUGACCAAGACCAAUCGCAUUGCUCGGAUUUUCAACGGCGUUAAAGAUGGUGCUCAAAGGCCGAGGUUCAUCAGUCCAGCUUCACAGGUGGCCAUCUGUGCUGCUCUCAUUUCCUGUCAGCUCCUGGUUGUGGUGGUCUGGCUUCUGGUUGAGACUCCUGGGGUGAGAAAGGAGGUCAGUCCUGAAAGAAGAGACGUGGUGACAUUGAAGUGCAACAGCAAGGACUCUAGCAUGCUGAUGUCUUUAACCUACAACUGUGUCCUCAUCAUCUUCUGUAACUUUUACGCCUUUAAGACUCGAAAGUGCCCAGAGAACUUCAAUGAAGCCAAGUUCAUCGGCUUCACCAUGUACACCACGUGCAUAAUCUGGCUGGCUUUCCAGCCAAUCUUCUAUGUUACUGCCAGUGACUAUAGGGUACAGACCACUACCAUGUGCAUCUCUGUGAGUCUGAGCGGUUCAGUGGUGCUGGGCUGCCUCUUCGCUCCCAAGAUCCACAUCAUCCUCUUUCAGCCUCAGAAGAACGUCACCACGCUCAGAGUGGCCACCACUCGAUUCAGUGUGACCACUGGCCCUGGCUCCAGCUUCUCUCAAACCUCGGCCUCCAACAUUGUGCCUACAGUAUGUAAUGGCAGAGAGGUAGUGGACUCAACAACAUCCUCACUCUGAGAAACAGGAUUCCUGUUUGUUUGCCAAAAGCGGUAUACAGAUAAAUCUUAUCUUCACUAGUCAUGAAAUCAAGUGUUUGCUAAUGUUGAGGAGGCUAUUCAGAAUUUUAAAAAUGCCUGUUAUGUUGUUCUCAACGUGCUGUGAGUACAAUAUCUCAUUUUGUUUCUCUCUCUCUUUCUCUCUCUGGCUAGUUAGAUAAUAUCAGUGGGAUGCCAGUUUAAACUCUGUAUACCUGUUCU